CUUCGGAUCUGCAGCAAGAUGUUGCUUUUAUUAUUCUGUCUGCUUUCUCUGACGGCAGCGGCUGCUGAAGUGGGUCUCGGUGGUAAAGUGCUUCUGUUUCCAACUAAGACUAACUCCAGCUUUGUUAAACUCACUCCUGAAAAGCCCCUGAGUCUCUCAGCGUUUACUCUCUGCAUGCGUGUGGCGACGGAGCUCCAGGGUCAGAGGGAGAUCAUUCUCUUCGCUUACCGAACAACUGGCUAUGAUGAGCUCAACGUGUGGAGGGAGAAAGAUGGCCGCUUGUCCUUCUACCUCAGCGGCGAUGGAGCGCUUUUCCACCUGCCUCCUCUCUCCACGUUCCAGACUCACCUGUGCCUCACCUGGGACUCUGUGCCUGGUCUUGCUGCUUUUUGGGUGGAUGGACGGCGCAGUGUGUUCCAGAUCUAUAGGAAAGGUCACUCAGUUCGUCCUGGCGGCACCGUUCUGCUCGGCCAGGACCCUGAUUCAGAUGUGGGUUCCUUUGACCCAGAGCAGAGCUUUGUUGGUGAAAUUACAGAUGUGCACAUGUGGGAUUAUGUUCUCUCUGGCAGUCAGAUUAAGGCGGUUUUUUCUAACCAGGAACCGUAUGUGCCGAAGGGAAACGUGAUUGACUGGAACACCAUCAAAUAUGAGACCAGAGGAAAUGUGCUAGUGGUUGAAAAUAACUGAUGCUGA